ACCUCGUCGCCUCAUUCUGGUGGGAGUAAUGGAGGCGGUGUGGGACAGGUGUGUGCGCGUCUGGCAGGUGUGCGUGUCCACCUGGGAUGUGUUCGUGUCUGCGUGUGAGACGAGUGUGUGUCUGCUGGGGUUGUGUGUGAACAGUUUGGAGUUGGGUUAUCGCCUGGUCCACUGGAUUCCACAUAUUGCUCUGGCCUUGCUGAUCUGGCGGCUCACUCGCAGGAAGAUUCGCUAUCACACCAAUGCUCUUCACGAUGGAAAGCAUGUUUCAACAAACUCAACGCAUGGCUUCUUCAGGGGCUUCUAUGGCUCAAGCAGCACAGACCAGGGUAAGUUUUCUGUCACAAUGCAGGCCACACCGGUGGAUCCCACCACAAUGGGCGUGGGGAAGGCCAUUGCUGUUCUUACCUCUGGAGGAGACGCACAGGGUAUGAAUGCUGCAGUUAGGGCUACAGUGAGAGUUGGCAUUUAUACAGGUGCUAAAGUCUACUUUGUGCAUGAGGGAUAUCAGGGUCUAGUGGAUGGAGGAGACCACAUUCGCCUGGCAACAUGGGAGAGUGUAUCCAUGAUGCUGCAACUGGGUGGCACUGUGAUUGGCAGUGCCCGCUGUAAGGAUUUCCACACUAAAGAGGGCCGCACUAAAGCAGCGUGUAACCUGGUGAAGCUGGGCAUCACUAACCUGUGUGUGAUCGGGGGAGACGGCAGCCUCACGGGGGCCAAUGAGUUCCGCACUGAGUGGAGUGAGCUGCUCCAGAUCCUGCUGAAAGCAGGUAAGAUCACAGCAGAGGAGGCCAGGCGUUCCUCUCAUCUGAACAUCGUAGGGAUGGUCGGCUCCAUAGAUAAUGAUUUCUGUGGAACUGACAUGACAAUCGGAACCGACUCAGCCUUACACAGGAUCAUUGAGGUGGUGGACGCCAUUACAACUACAGCUCAGAGUCAUCAAAGAGCUUUCAUUCUGGAGGUGAUGGGCAGACACUGUGGAUAUUUGGCAUUAGUAUCGGCUCUGGCAAGCGGUGCUGACUGGGUCUUUAUUCCUGAGAUGCCUCCAGAUGAUGGCUGGGAGGAUCACCUGUGCAGGAGACUUGCCAAUCAAAGAAGCCUGGGCUACCGUCUGAAUGUCAUCAUUGUGGCUGAGGGAGCUAUGGAUCGCAGUGGGAAACCCAUUACGUGUGAAAUGAUCAAGAAUCUCGUCACUAAGAAGCUGGGAUUUGACACUCGAGCUACCAUCCUGGGUCAUGUGCAGAGAGGAGGAACACCUUCAGCCUUUGACAGAAUCCUAGGCAGCAGGAUGGGGGUGGAAGCUGUGAUGGCUCUGCUUGAGGCCACUCCUGAAACACCUGCCUGUGUGGUCAGUCUGUCCGGGAAUCAGGCUGUGAGGCUGCCCCUCAUGGAGUGUGUGCAAGUGACUAAAGAUGUAACCAAAGCCAUGACAGAGGGCAGGUUUGAGGAGGCUGUAAAGCUCAGGGGAAAGAGUUUCGAAAACAACUGGAACACAUAUAAGUUGCUGGCUCAUGUAAACCCUGCUGAGGUGAAGAGUAACAUAAAUAUCGCCCUCAUGAACGUGGGUGCCCCAUGCUCCGGUAUGAAUGCAGCAGUACGCUCUGCAGUCAGGAUCGGCAUCCUACAGGGACAUCACAUGUUGGCCAUACAUGACGGAUUUGAGGGUCUUGCCCAUGGAAAUAUUGAGCCGAUUUCUUGGGCCGCUGUUGGGAACUGGACGGGGCAGGGUGGCUCUAAUUUGGGAACUAAGAGGAGCCUGCCAGCCAGCAUGAUGGAGGAAAUCAGUCUGAAUAUUGCUAAGUUUAAUAUUCAUGCUCUGGUCAUCAUUGGGGGAUUUGAGGCGUUUGUGGGAGGUUUAGAGCUGGUGACUGGUAGAGAGAAGUAUGAGGAAUUGUGUAUUCCUAUCGUUGUUAUUCCAGCCACCGUGUCCAAUAAUGUUCCUGGAUCCGACUUCAGCGUUGGAGCUGACACUGCUCUCAACACCAUUACAUCAACAUGUGACAGGAUAAAGCAGUCGGCAGCUGGAACGAAACGCAGGGUUUUCAUAAUUGAGACGAUGGGAGGAUAUUGCGGAUAUCUGGCAACCAUGGCAGGCCUCGCUGCAGGAGCGGAUGCUGCAUACAUCUAUGAGGAACCUUUUGGCAUCCAUGACCUGGAGAUAAAUGUUGAGCAUUUGGUGGAGAAGAUGAAGACCACUGUGAAGAGAGGCCUCAUCCUCAGGAAUGAGAAUUGUAACUCCAACUACACCACAGACUUCAUCUUUAACCUUUACACAGAAGAGGGCAAAGGAGUUUUCGACUGCCGCAAAAAUGUGCUGGGCCACAUGCAACAGGGUGGAACUCCAUCUCCAUUCGACAGGAACUUCGGAACUAAGAUGGGAGCUAAAGCAGUGCUGUGGCUGACUGAUAAACUGAAGGAGUGCUACAGACAUGGUCGUAUCUUUGCCAACACGCCGGACUCCGCCUGUGUGCUGGGCAUGAGGAAGAGAGCUUUGGUCUUCCAGCCUCUUGCUGACCUCAAAAGCAACACAGACUUCGAGCACCGUAUCCCCAAGACUCAGUGGUGGCUAAAGCUGAGGCCCAUUCUGAAGAUUUUGGCCAAAUACAAGAUCAGUUUGGACAUCUCAGAGAAGACAGCUUUGGAGAGUGUGAUCAAGAAGAGAGGAACAGUCUAAACACACGAAAUCUUACACUGGUGCUCCUGCUGUACUCGGUUUACACCAUGCACACGCCAGUCCAGACACGGUUUCCAUCCGAAACCACACACUCGGAGCGCGUGUUUGUGUACUCAUGCAAGCUUACCACUUCCUUCUUCUGCCCUAUUUCUUCAUUUAACAUCUAUGACUUCUUGUCUGUCUCUGUUCUGUAUUUUAACACCAUCUUUACAUCUUUACAUGCCUUGAUUCCACACUUUGGUUCUCCUUUUGUCGCAUGUGGUCCUGUAUUGUGUGCAAAAAUAAAUGUGGGACUCCUUUUAUCACAUUAAGACAUUGAAGCAAUAAAAUGCUUCCCUGAAAGUC